AUGUGUAACCAUACUUCAAAUGUUACAGACAGUGUAAAUUGUGUAACAAGUCCGGCAGGAGCGACAAUUGUAUCACCGUUGUUGAUGUCCUUAACUGGUGUUCUAGGAAAUAUAUUAGCCCUCUUAAGUUUGUACAAGGCACGGACAGACGUACGAACAACAAAGUUUUAUAGUUUUAUUAAAGGUUUAGCCUGGACAGAUCUCCUUGGAAUAGUUAUGACAACACCUUCUGUUCUUAUUGCUUAUGUAAGCCAACGUAAAUGGAUGGGAGGAGACGCUCACUGUCGUUUCCAUGGCUUUACAAUGGCGGCAUUUGGACUUGCGACACCGCUGAUAAUCUGUGCCAUGGCAAUUGAACGGUUUCUAGCGUUACGAUAUGUAUUUUUCUACUCUGGUCGUUGUCGCACGAGUACAGCACGUGUUUGUAUUCUUAUUCUUUGGUUUGGAACUAUUUUGUACGGACUUUUACCUUUAUUUGGUUUUGGAAAUUAUGAGAAACAAUAUCCUGGAACAUGGUGCUACCUAGACUUCCAUUCUCAAAAAAUAACAUCUAAUAUAUAUGGGUAUAUAUAUGCAUGUACAAAUUUGAUAUUGAUACUUGCGAUUAUAUUAUGCAAUGCAUAUGCUGUUGUAGCAAUAUUCAGAACGAGGCUAAGGCGUGCCAACGAACGGGUAUAUUCCUUAAAUACAUCUUUACAAGACCACGAUGGACUUGUGAAAGCGAGAAACCAGCGGAAAAAGUCAAAUGAUGCCGAGAUUCAGAUGAUUGUAUUGUUAUGUGCAUUGACAGUCGUAUUCACUAUUUGCUGGGCACCAUUAAUGAUAAGAAUCAUUGUUACCCAGGCAACGGGUGUAGAGAACAAUUUAUUAGAUCUCACCGCUGUCCGACUAGCCAGCUUGAACCAGACGCUUGACCCAUGGUUAUAUAUCCUGUUAAGAAGAUCAACUUUUAUAAAGAUUGCGAGAGGUUUUAAAAGAAUUAGAAUAAGAUAUUUAAAGGUAAUAGAGGAGAUUCAUAUGGAGCAUAUAGAUGAAGAAGAAGGGAGAAAAGUCGAAAAUGAUUGUUCAAUAAUUAAAAGACAGUGUGUUUCGGCUUACAGUGGUGUUAUAGGACAAAAUGAUCAGAACUUAAGAUGUAAAUCUCCGUCCCUUGCCAUAGGAAAUGAUGUAGACUUUGAUAAUCAACCCAUACUAGACUUAUCAAAAACACAACCCAACACAGAUUCUAACAGUGUUUGCCGGUUGGAGUUAGGCAAGGUUGAUGCACCAAAAGAAGAACAAUUGUUACCAAAGCAUAUCUACUAUGACGAUAGUCACGUGUCUAAUAGCACCAAUAAUCCAAACGUAGAAAACAAAGUCAUAUGUUAUGAUAAAGGACGUAAACCUGUCGUUGACAACCCAAAAUUUCCUGUUUCAAAUCUUGACAAUAUAACUGUUACAGAAUGGAAUAAUCAGUCUGGAAGCUCGGAAACUAAAGAAACUACUUUAUCUAAAGAACUUGUUACAACGUCUUAUUCGGAUGUGACAAAGUUAUCAGUCAGCUCAAAGAAUACUCACGAAAGAUUGAGGAAAACAAAAUCAAGUGAAGAAUAA